AUGACAGCGUACAACUCCAAAGCCUUUUCUUUUCUCCUCAUAUUUUCCUCCCUUUCUUACUUAUCUCAUGCAUCAGAUACCCUUAAACCUGGAGAGACUUUGUAUAAUUAUGAAACCUUGGUUUCUUCUAAUGGGGUGUUUGAGCUGGGAUUCUUCAGUUCUGGUGAUUCAAGCAAUGAGUACAUAGGAAUCUGGUUUAAGAAUGACAAGGACAAGAAGGCAGUUUGGGUUGCAAAAAGAGAAGAUCCUUUCCCAGCUUCCUCAGGAUCUCUCAGCGUUACUAAGGGGAACUUGGUUAUAUAUAACAACAGAACAUCAGAUAUGACCAUACUCAAUAGUGAUGCACCUGCAACUAGUGAAGAUACCAUUGCUAAACUUCUUGACUCAGGAAAUUUUGUCUUGAUCCAAGACGAAAAGACGAUAUGGCAGAGUUUUGAACAUCCAACAGAUACAUUUCUACCUGGAAUGAAGUUGGGAUUGUUUAACAUUGGAGCAAGUCAGCCGAGGGUGCAGUUUCUUUUGUCAUGGCUUAGUCCUGAUGAUCCAGAUAAAGGUUCUUUUUUUUUAGGCUUUGACAGAGAAAACAAAACCCAGUUCAAUAUCUGGUUGGGUGAAAAUGUUUAUCAAGAGAUUGGCUUUUGGGAUGGACAAAAAUUCAGAUUAUUCUUCGAAAGCUCUUCAGAUAAUCACAACUUUAGUUAUGUAUCAAAAGAGAAGGAGACUUAUCUUAUUUUCAAUAACAAAGAAAGCAAUGUGUACUCAUGGUUUGUCAUGGCUCAUAAUGGGGUUAUCAAUGAGUAUAGGAUGGAAGAUCAGCAGAUUUCAAUGGUCAACUAUUCGCUUUGUGAUGGCACAACAGAAAGGAAUUCUAGUGGUUGUUUGAUCAUUCCAUUAGUUUGUGAAAAUGGUGAUGAUUUCUAUGAGAUAAAAGGACUAAUGCCGACUUCAAUAAUCACUCGAAGGGCUACUGCUAUUGGUCUAAAUGGCUGUGAGCUGCUGUGCAGGAGCAAUUGUUCAUGUGUUGCAUACGCUUACUCAAAUGGUCAUAGAGCUGAAUGUGAACUUUACUAUGGAAGUAAGGUGGAUCUUCUGAAAAUGACAGGGGAGGGAAACCAGGCUAUUCUUUUGCGCGGACAUCGUAAAUCUGAACAAAAUAGGAAGAAGAACCGGUUGAUUCUUGUCACAGCCGGAGUGAUGUCCUUGAUAUUGGUUAUUAUGAUCUUAUUGGCCACUUAUUUAAUAAGAAAGUACAGACUCAUAGGAUUUGAUUGGCAGAGGGAUGGCAUGAGAAGCAAUAUGAGGUUGUUACUGUCACAGUUUACUAAUGAAAAUGAUAUUAAAUCAAAUAUUAUUGGAUUCAGUAAGAGAAAGAAUCAAGACAUGCUCCCACUUAGAUUUUCUUGUGUAGUGGCUGCCACUGAAAAUUUCUCUGCUGCAAAUAAGCUUGGAGAAGGUGGUUUUGGACCAGUUUAUAAGGGUAAGUUAUUUGGACAAGACAUAGCAGUGAAAAGGCUUUCGAAGAAUUCUGGACAAGGACUAAUGGAGUUCAGGAAUGAGGUGAUGUUAAUUUCUAGCCUCCAACAUAGAAAUCUUGUUAAGCUUCUGGGAUUCUGCAUUCAUCGAGACGAAAGGAUCUUAAUCUACGAGUACAUGCCUAACAAAAGCUUGGAUUCCAUCAUUUUUGAUCGAACGAAAAGAUUAGUACUUGAUUGGCGAACACGCAAGAACAUCAUUGAAGGGAUAGCUCAGGGGCUUCUCUAUCUUCACAAGUACUCAAGACUAAGAAUCAUUCAUAGAGAUCUCAAAACUAGCAACAUUUUAUUGGACAACUAUAUGAACCCCAAAAUAUCUGAUUUUGGUCUUGCAAGAGCAAUUUUUGAGAAUGAACAUAUAGCUAAAACAAAGAAAAUUGCUGGAACAUAUGGCUAUUUGUCUCCUGAGUAUGCAUUGCAUGGACUUUUCUCAACAAAAUCUGAUGUAUUCAGCUUUGGAGUCAUCUUGUUUGAAAUCAUUAGUGGAAGGAAGAAUUCAAUCUUUUGUGAGUCAGAUUGCUCCAACUUACUAGGACAUGCCUGGAAUCUGUGGAGUGCUGGGAGCUGCAUAGAGUUGAUGGAUCGAACAUUGGCUGGUACUUGUCCAAUGACUGAUCUUAUGAUGUACAUUCAAGUGGGCCUACUAUGUGUCCAAGAAACAGCUGAAGAUAGACCCAGCAUAUCAGAUAUUAUUUCAAUGUUGAGCAAUGAAGGGGCCAGUCUACCUAUGCCUAAACAGCCUGCAUUUUCUACCCACUUAAUGACAGAUGGUACUACUUCAUCAAGAAGAACUCAAUAUCCAUCUCAAAACCUUGUCUCAUUAACCGGAUUCGUAGCUCGAUAACAAGAUCUCAAAACCAAUUUUUUACACAUUCAUCCAAGAACUUGGGAUAAAAUCUCAUCUUUAUGAAAACUUUUAGGCCUACCCCAUAAUCAGAAGUACUAAUAUAGUCCACCCCAUAUAGAUUGUUGUCUAUAAAAUACCCAUCAAGAAAAUCCCUUCUUUUUUUUAUGGACUGCUAAUGGGAAUUUUGGACUGACACAAUUGGGCCGAAAGUACCAAAAUAGUAAGCUCCAUAUCUACUAUAACGAUUUUUUAGUCUUAUAUGAAGCCUAGGUGACUCAGGCCCAAAGUUUACGACUACUGUCAGCAUGAUGUCAGCUUAAGCCAAUCAAAACAUGACACAUCUCAUCUUCACAAUUUCUAUUUUUUCAGAAGCUGACAAAAUUUCUUAUAUCAAGUUUGGUCUUAGG